UCUGGUUUUCGUGGUAUUUUUCAGAGGAUAAAUGAGAGCGAAGUGAGGCGACCUAAAAUCAGAUUUUUGUGCUGAGGUUUCCAGGCAGAGAUUUUGUUUUGCAUUUCUUGCUGCUCCACCUGUUAGAACCAUGUCCUCCUCUCGGCCUGAACCGCUUCACUUGCGAGAGACUUUCGAGGAGCCGACAAUAUUUGCUCCAAUUCCUCUACCUUGGUUUCCGAAACAUUCUGAUACGACAAAUAUGGAGGAGAAGAGGGAGAAAGAACAGAGGCUUCAUCAGGAAACAAUCGAAUACCAGGUUUACUUGCGAAAGACUUUCCCGGGGGCAACAUUUUUGUUUCCCAUCACUGUACGUAGUACUCCGGAAAACUCUGAUAUGACAAAUAGGGAGGAGAGGCUAGAGGAAAUGCGUAGGCGUUGUCAGGCAAGAUUUUUUCACAAGUUACAUAGAGAAACUGCCCAGAGAUUGUUGGGUGAGGAUCAGGCUGAGACUGCAGAUGGUUCUGGCGAACUGUGUAAAUUUGCAGCUGGCAGAAAGAUGACUAGAGACCUGGUUCGCAUGCAGGAGUCUCGCUAUCCUAACCACUGGGUUUUACAGUUACCUGAUGUCAUCCUCAUCCAUCCCAAGAUGGGAGAAACCUUUUUUGGUUCCCUUGAGGCCCGUGAGUGUGGGUUCAUGUUCUUCACAUCCUCCGGUUUCCAUUUGCCUUUCAAGGAUACUAGUGUAAGACUGUGGUUCUUGCGACGUGGAGAUGACAUGAUGCGGCCUCUCUUGCAAUUCCACUUUCAUCACCCCAUCAUGGUGGGGAAAGAAAAGACAACUGAUAUUCAGUUCCAUUUGAUGCCCACAAGUGUGAGACGGGAGAGAUCUGAUACAUAUGCGAGCGGGGACCGUGGCAAAGAUUUAGCUGACUUUGUCCGCAGAAUUGGUAUGGUUCGGUGGGCUUCCAGCGUUACUUUCCUCGGGUUGAGCAUCUGAAUAAAUGCGAGUUAUUUGGAGUUCUUCCCUCUUAUUAAAAAAAUGGGUUACAUUCAAGUUAGUGAUUCGCUCACGUAACAUAAUAUAAAUGAGGAAGGCUAAUUUUAGUCCGCUUUGAGAGUACCAAACUUGUCCCUGAUAAAUGUCAUACUGUUACCAAAUAAGAAAUAAAAAAUAUAACAACUUAAACAGA